CGUCACUUCCUGCCCCGCCCAGCCCGGGUACGGUGGCCGGGCGGGACCGGGAGCGGCGCCGGGCGGAGCCAUGGAGGUCCAGUCCUACUACACCAAACUGCUGGGGGAGCUGAACGAGCAGCGCAAGCGGGAUUUCUUCUGCGACUGCAGCAUCAUCGUGGAGGGCAGGAUCUUCAAAGCCCACAAGAACAUUCUGUUCGCCAACAGCGGCUACUUCCGAGCUCUGCUCAUCCACUACAUCCAGGACAGCGGGCGCCACAGCACGGCCUCGCUGGACAUCGUCACCUCCGAGGCUUUCUCCGUCAUCCUGGAUUUCCUCUACUCGGGGAAGUUGGAUCUGUGCGGCGAGAACGUGAUUGAGGUGAUGUCGGCCGCCAGCUACCUGCAGAUGACCGACGUGGUCAACUUCUGUAAAAGCUACAUCAGGUCCUCCUUGGAUAUCUGCAGGAAAAUCGAGAGGGAAGCUGUUUUUUACCAAGCUGACAGCGGCAGCUCGGCUAGAGAAGGCACCUCCAAGGCGUCCGUGUCCUCGCUGCAGGAGAAGGAGAGGAUUCCGCAGUGCCAGCGGGACCCUCCCUGCGGGGACUGCAGCAGCUGUCACCCCCUGGAGCUGGUGGCCCCGCUGAGCAGUGACUCCCCCGACGGCUCCUCGCUGCCCAAAGGGGUGGAACCCAAGGUGGAGUUCGACCCCGACGAGGUGGAGGUGGAGGUGGGCGAGCGGCUGCCGCAGUUCCCCGCGCCGCUGGAAGAGGGGCAGCCCGUGGAGCUGGCCUGCAAUAAUUACCACAUGAAGCAGUUCCUGGAGGCUCUGCUGCGAAACAGCUCGGCCCCGAGGAAGGAGGAUGUGGUGCAUCACUUUGUCCGGGGAUUUGAGGGUAGGGCUGAGGAUGCAGGAGUAGCCAUGAGCUCCAUGAUGGACAUUCACAGCGACUGGUAUGGUGAGGACGCAGGUGACGUGCUGGUGGUGCCCAUCAAGCUGCACAAGUGCCCUUUCUGCCCCUACACGGCCAAGCAGAAGGGGAUCCUGAAGCGCCACAUCCGCUCGCACACCGGGGAGCGGCCGUACCCCUGCGAGACCUGCGGCAAACGCUUCACCCGCCAGGAGCACCUGCGCAGCCACGCCCUCAGCGUGCAUCGCUCCAACAAGCCCAUCAUCUGCAAGGGCUGCAGGAGAACCUUCACCAACAGCCUGUCGCAGGGGCUGCGGCGCUUUGGGCUCUGUGACAGCUGCACCUGUGUCACCACCACCCACGAGGACUCCAUGCCCAUCAACCUCAGCCUGGUGGAAACAGCCUCAGAAGGGCAGGAGAAAGGAGAUGCUGACAAUGAUUGGCCCAUCUAUGUGGAGUCUGGAGAGGAAAAUGAGCCAGCUGAGGAUGAGGAGGGUGAUGACAAGCAGGAAAUCCAGCGGGGUUUGUCGGACAGAGAGGCUUUGAUGUAGCACUGAGAGCAGAAGGGGAGCACUGAGAGCUUCCCUGGAAGAAAACUGCACAUUUGCUCCAUCACUGACACUGUGCUGGUUUUUAUUAUUCUGGGUUUUUUUUUGUUUUUUUAAAUUAAAUUGCGGGGAGAAAUGGAAUUUUUAAUACUUUUUAAGUUUUCAGUGCUGUGCACCAGAAAUCUGGGAAGAAUUUUCUGUCUGGGGCUCCCAGAGGUUGGACUUGGGCAGUUUCUCUGCCUCCUGGUUUUGGAUUUGCAGGUGGAACACCCCUGGCUUGUUUUGGGGACAGGUUUCUUCAAAUAAUGAGUCCUUAAUCCCUGCUCUGACCUUUUCUCUGAAGGUGACAUGAACUGUGGUUUGCAUCUCUUACCUUGGGACUUUUCCAAAAUAAUCUGUGAUCCUUCUGUCUUAGGACAGUGUUGUCUAAAUGAUGAACCAUGAAUGUUUGCUGAGACUGGAUUUGACCUGGAAACCAGGGCAGAAAAACCAGGAUUAAAAAAAAAAAACACUAAAAACAAACACAACACAAGGACAGACAGGAAGAAUAAAUCUAUUUCACAAAAUUAAUUCAGGAAUUUAGAGAUCAAACUUCUCUUUCUGAAUUUUGAUUCCCUUCCUAAGAGCUGUAGAUCUUCAGCUGUGUCUUUAAUGUCACUCUGAUAGGCUUGGCUUAAAUAUUAAGGAUAAAUAAUGGUGUUUUAGUGGCCAGGACUAAGAGAAAAGCCCAAAUUCUUUUCAGCUUUUUACAACAGGAGUUCAAAGCUGUCGAGCAGGUUCCUUGGGAAUUCUGGCUGUGGCAGAUUGAAUAACCACAUCCACACCUGCUGUAGCUGAGGAGCAGUGAAAUAUCUGAGCUAUAAAAGAGCUCUGAAGUCUUUUGGAAUAAUUUUCUUUUUUUUUUACUCUAAUUUCUUUUAGAAUUUGGGGAUCCUCUCUGGUUUGUGUUUUGUGAUUUUAUCCAGUAUUUAUUUUUUUUUAAAAAUCUUCCACUGUGGACCUCCUGUUUCUUUGCUGGGGCAGCUAAAGGUUUUCAAAGGAGGUGAGAUUUUGUCACCUUUCCAGCAGCAAGUUUUUAUGAGCUAUGAAAACUCAGGCUGGGAAUCUUUAGAAGAAAACCCAGCACCAGCAGAAAACCUCUUUGCUUAGGGGUGACCUCCUGUUCCCUGACAAAGGGAAAAAAAACUGGAAUAUACUGUGAAACAAGACUGUUAAUGCUUCUUCACUCUGCUGUUCCUAAGGGGUUCAUGAAAAGGCAAAUUUGAGUUUUUGGCUGGAGCAGAAUUCUGCAGACAGAUUUGGCUGACAAAGAGUGAGCAGUUCCUCCCACUUGCUGCUGUUUCCUGAGGGUUUUGGUGUAGAGAUUUUCCACUUGGCAAACCUAAAAAACCCAAGAGCCCUCUGAUUUAACCAGGAUUUGUUUUCUGUGCAUGUUGAAAAAGA